CACAGGCCUCUUUGGGUAGAAUAACCAAACUAGAUCUUGAACACAAAUGUGUGCAUGAUAGAGUGAGACUUUCAGUAGAGAUCCUCCAAGCAUCCAAACUGAAACGAAUGCAGAACUGCCGCGUGGGAGGUGUUACAUUCGUGCCAUCCGUUUCGAACGAUUUCUUCACUUGAGCAGUCUACGUUUUUCCCAGACGGCUCUUAUGCCGUUUCUCUCUCCAUAAAUGGAACCACUACCACCGCACUUCGUUAGUCAAGAAAUCAACAGUACAUUAUGGGAAGUUCCUGACAAAUACAAAUCUCUGAAGCAGAUCGGAACAGGAGCGUAUGGCUCUGUCUGCUCAGCAACGAAUGAGAGGACCAAAGAGAAAGUGGCCAUCAAGAAGCUGCACCGUCCGUUCCAGUCAGAGAUAUUCGCUAAACGAGCAUAUCGGGAACUGAGACUCCUUAAACACAUGAAGCAUGAGAAUGUGAUAGGGCUACUGGAUGUGUUCUCACCUGCAACGUGUCUGGAGGACUUCAAUGACUUCUAUCUGGUGAUGCCAUACAUGUUCACAGACUUGUCUAAAGUACGAGGACUUCUAUCAGAGGACCGUAUCCAGUUCCUUGUGUAUCAGAUGCUUUGUGGACUUAAGUACAUUCACAGUGCAGGCAUCAUUCACAGGGACCUCAAACCUGGCAAUUUGGCUGUAAAUCAAGAUUGUGAACUAAAGAUUCUGGAUUUUGGCUUGGCCCGGCAUGCAGAGCCAGAGAUGACGGGCUAUGUUGUGACACGCUGGUACCGCGCCCCUGAGGUCAUUCUAAAUUGGAUGCACUACACCCAGACUGUGGAUAUUUGGUCUGUUGGUUGCAUCAUGGCGGAGAUGAUCAACGGGAAGACGCUCUUCAAAGGAAAAGACUAUAUGGAUCAGCUUACCCAGAUUAUGAAAGUAACAGGUGUACCUGGACCAGAAUUCAUAAAAAAAUUGGACAGUCAGGAGGCAAAAACUUACAUUGCCUCUCUCCCACAUUUCCCUCGAAAAGACUUCACUGCAUUGUGUCCUAGGGCCAGUCCAAAGGCUGUUGAUCUACUGGAAAAGAUGCUCGUGCUGGAUGCAGAAGCCCGUGUCACUGCUGAUGAGGCCCUAAAACACCCAUAUUUUGAUGGCCUGCGGGAUCCUGAGGACUGCCCUGAACCACAGCCAUAUGAUGACAGCCAUGACAAUGCGACGCUUCCCCUAGAGGACUGGAGGCGUUUAUCUUUCAAGGAAGUGAAGAGCUUUGUGCCUUUCCCCAGAAGGGACUCGAAGAGGCGAAAUACACUGACCAUGUCACAGUGAAUUCAAACAUAACCUAUUACACUACAUGGCAAUCCACACAAGUUUCAGCCCAGAUUUAUUGCAAGACAUCUAAUUGCCUUUUGAGGUACUGUAUCACGUCUGAAAAAUGAGAUUGUAUUACAUGUUUUUGUGUUCAUGGGGGGAAUGGGGGCAUUGUUUUGUUUUUUUAAAUAAAUACAGUGACUGUA